GUCUGGUUCAACGAAAGAUGACUGCUUAUCAAGAAUGAGCCGUUUUGCCAUGACACAAUGGUAGAGCGCAGAGUUCAGAUUCAGUUGAUGGCUGUCAGGUGACAGCUCUCCGAUACUGUCACUCCACGAUUCACCAGUCGUCUCUCAGUAACUCUUACGCUCUUCAGUGCGAAAUUCAUCAUCCUACCUUUGAAAUUGUUCAAGUCGACGGGCAAAAUGAACGAAACAGAAGAGCAAAUGUGUCUUGAAAACAUAGAAGAAUAUCUCAUGGAUCAUGACAAAAUCGUGACCUAUAAAUAUCUAAGCCGCUCUCUGAAUAUAUCAAUGAAUGAUGCAAAAAGGUUACUUGCUAAGUAUGCUUCAACCAGCAAGCAUAAGUCUGAUCUCUCUUCCGUUUAUGCUGUUGGGGGAGAGUUGAAAAAUGAUGGAGGAUUCUCUGUGAUAAUCGCUCAAGAUGAAGAUCUAGACUCUGUGAAAUCUCAGUUCAAAGAAGUAUCUUGGGAACAGUUAUACAGCUUGCAGAAGAAAGGACAACUGUGUGAUCUUAAUACUUUGCUUAUUGCAAAUAAUGUAACUCCAACCGAUGAAAACGAAAAUAGUGUUGUCGGCAUUCCAUAUUGGAAGGAUCCGAAAAGGGAUGACAUUGCCGCACGUAACGCGACCACUGCAACAACCUCAACAAUUGCUAAACAAGAGCCAAAAGUUCCGCCCAAAAAAGCACCUUCACCCCAGAAACCAGCUCAGCCGUCCAAAAUCCCUCCCAAGACACUGCCUAAGGCUACACCCAAGUCCAAAACCAGUCCUAGUCCAAAGAAAGAAACAUCAGCAAAAGAUAAAAGUACUGGGAAUAAGUCUGGAGGUAUUGCUGCUAUGUUUGCAGCUCAGCAAUCUAAGAAAGAUACCGCUCCUAAGUCAAAGGCUAAACCGGAACCAGCAAAAAAAUCUGGCAGCCAAAGCAUAUCGUCACUCUUCGCAGGACAGGCAAAGAAAAUGGCUGACAAAAAGACUGAGUCCCAAUCAAGUGUCUCCAGUAGUUGCACAUCCACUGAUAACUCCAAAUUAAAUUGCGAAUCACAAGAAUUAUUCUCUAGCUCCGAUAAUGAGAAAGGUAGUCAGUCUACAAAAUCUCAAGAGUCUGCAUUGAAAGUCAAUGGAAAAGAAGGAAGUAGUCAGUCUAAAAAAUCUCAAGAGACUGCACCAAAAGUCAAUGGAAAAGAAGGAAGUAGUCAAUCAUCCAAAAACGCAAGCAUCAAUAAAAAGCCUCCAGUCAGCAAGAAAAAGGUUCAAUCACAGAAAGGCAAAAAAGGAAAACCAUCAGAACCUCCUCAGAAAAGGAGAAAACGAGUCAUGGUUGAAAGUGAUUCAGAAAACAGUAGUGAAGGAGACAGUGAUGCAGAGUCUGAGAGAAGUCUCUCCCCUGAACCUGAAAAGCCUCCGUCACCGGAACCCAUGGAAGAAGACGAUGAAAUAAUACCUGCAACACCCGUCGAACCCUCAAAGAAGCGGAAACGCAAAGCUGUCGACAAAACUGUUAUGGAUGAAAAUGGAUUUUUAUGCACCACUAAAGAAUAUGUCUACGAAAGUUGUAGUGACAAUGAAGAAAAUGACGAGAAUAAAAAGACUAUCGCAAAUAGUGAAACAAAAGAAGCUCCAAAGCCUGAGAAGUCGCCAGAACCAAAAAAAGUUAUCAAACAACCAACUAAACAGGUAUCUCUAACCAGCUUUUUCAAGAAAAAGUGAAUUUUCCUCUCAAUGGGACCAUUUAUCUCACUUUUUAUAAUCUUAGCCCUAUAAGAAGUAUUCAUUUUCCUUUCUGAUGCUCCGGUCUUAUAAUGGUAUCAAAUUCUGAAAUUCACGAGGCCUGAUCUCAAGUGAACCCACAAAGGCUGAAAAUCGAGACUAUCCAUCCACCAGCAAAAAUAAAAGAGGCAGAAAGAUUCUCUGUUUAAUACAUUUUUUAAAAGAAGUAGUUAACUUUCCAAAGUUUUGUCAAAUUAAGUUUUCAUAAACCAUUGCGAAGUUCCAACAAAAUAGUUUUUUAUUCAAUGUUCCUCCCUUCAGUGCCUCUGAGGCAGAAUACAGUUUAAUUUUGCCUUCAUAGGUUGAGACUGCCUACUGCAUCAGAUAAAUUAAUUGAAUUAGUCAAUUUAGCAGCAUUAUCAUUUGAAAUUUUUAUGUGCGCCAGGCCGCUGAUAAUUUUCACAACUUUUCUUAACCGUAGUAUCUAAAUGUCAUCUUCCUAAAAUGUUGGAGAACUUUUUCUCUUGGACUUUGUAGGCUUCUUAAAUAUGGUUCUUAUUAUAAGAGCAUUGAUGCAGAUUUUCCUUCAUUAUAAGGCUAUAUAAACAUAAGGAAAGUGAACACAUUAGUUACUGAAGGUAAUUUUCUGUAUGUACAAAUACGCUGUCCUUUAUGACUCCCCAUUUGUGGGGAGAAAUACAAUUUAUUGCUCUGUGUCACUCCAUUCCUGGUCAAUCUUAUGCUUGUAUUGCGCUAGUCAUAGUAUCUUGUUAUGUUGGUUGGAACUUUAAGAUCAGCCCAAUGCAACAAGAUCCAUCCAAACGCCAAGUUUCUACUUACUUUGACUAAGUUUAACUGAAAGGAACUAAGUUGCAUUUUCAAGGAAAAUGACUUCUCUUUGAUUUUAAGCUCAACUUACUAGUAUACUCAGUGGCGUAACUAGAAAUCUUCGCGCGCCCCCGCCGAUGUGAGACUGCGCCCUUUCAUAUCAUGAGUUUUGAGUGGCGCACCCUCCCCCCUCCUCCUGCCCGUCUAGUCAUUCAGAUCUGAAUAAAUGGGAGAAAAUCAAGGUAAAAUCAAGGUAAAAUCAAGGAAAAUCAAGAGAAAAUAUUAGGAACCAAACCUAAAAUAUUGAUAACCAACAUAAAUAAAAAUAAAGAAAUAAAUAUAAAAACUCUGAUUUUCAUUUUAUUAUAAUGAUAAAAGUUGAUAAAUUCAGUAGUUAGAAAUUGCAAUAAAG